AUGGGACACCAUGAAAGGCGUUGGUCGCUCAUGACAGCAGGACGGUGGCCAUGGAAGUCGGAAUCCGCUAAGGAGUGUGCAACGAUUCACCUGCCGAAGCGACCAGCCCUGAAAAUGGAUGGCGCUGAAGCGUUCUGCCUAUACACUACCGUUACGGGCACUAAUAUGUGUUCGCGUGCAUUUAUGCGCGCGUGCAUACUUAUGCCGUAA